GCCCACCGGCCGCCGUACUUGCUACACGGCGCUAGAUUCGUAACAAACAAAAACAUCGGAUUCAGUGUGUCAGUCCACCUUUUUGUCGUGUUUAAGUUAGAAAAAUUUAAUAUUGAAACAUGGAAAAAUGUUCUAAAAAAAUCGAACAAUCCAAAGGAAAUCCCUUCCUGCUACAUCAGGUAUUCAAUGAAUUGGAACAGCAGUUAACAGUGAAACUAAUAGAACUUGAUGGCAAAGAUGGGGGGAAAAUUGUUGAAUUGACAUUCUUGUGGAAUCAUUGCGGGAAUCCUGACUAUGCAGUUGCCUAUGAAGCAAGCCAAACAGUUGUAAGUCUGACCCUUAAUGGGCAUCUUGGAAUCAAUGAAAGUAUAACUGCUUUGUUGUCAACUGUUUCAACAGCUAGACAUUAUGGUCUCUUGACAGACAGUAUUGCAAAGCUGAUGUUGAGAGGAUCUUUCCAAGGAGGAAGACACCCAUUUAUUUCAUUGUAUGAAAUGCAACCUGAUUCAUGGCCCUAUAUUAUUCAACAAACAAGCAACAUAAUUUCAAGUGGGAUGUUCGAAGUGCAAGCUUUGAAGGAAAUCAAACCAUUUGUCAUCUAUAUUUUAUGCUAUGGCCUGAAUGAGACAAGAAUUUCCCUUUUGAGUAUACUUAUGGGAAAGUUACACAGUGUAAAAAAUCCAUUAAUCAUUGAUUGGUUAUUGGAAACUUUAUUGUGGCACCAUCAACAGAAUCAUGAGAAAACGAAUAACAACUUCUACCUCAUGUGUGUGCAGCAUUUAUGUGAAUAUGCUAUUAGCCAGAAAGGAGAAGACGACUUAGCCAGUGUACUGGCUAUAUUCCUAACAUGUACCAUGCAAACUUGUCACAAGAAGUUUGGAUUCGGAAUUCAACACUCUGUUUUCUUGCUAAAACAACUCAACGAGCAUUGCACGCUAUAUCUGGAGCCUAUUGUGGUAAUGAUUAGUCAAUUUCUACUGGAGUGCCAAGCCAACUGCUAUGAACCCAUUUUAGAAUUUUGUCUAAGUCUUACCAAAAAGAACUGCAGUACCUAUGUUUGGGGUAUGCUACAAUGUGCAGUCUUGUCUAUAUUCUCGUAUUCAACUAAAAUUGAAUCUGACGUCAUUGCAAUUGUUGAAUCAACCCCCUCGUCGGGAUCCAAAAAGGCGGUUGCUGACAACAAAAAAUCAAAUUAUAUCCAUCAUCUGUCCCGUUCAGAGGCAAAGAUUCAAGUAGCAGUAGCCACAUCUGAAUUGGCCCAGCAUCUCCAAUGUCAACUGAUGGAAAAUGUUUUGGAUCCUUGUCGGACUUCAGACAGUUCUACGUUAGCCGAUGCAAUUUUUCUGUUGAAAUGUGCAGUGUUUUGGUGUUCCGGUGAUAUUUCUGCAUUAGACGCUGCGGUUCAAUAUGUUUCAUCAACCAAAUUGUACGCCCAACCGUUGCUAACCCUGCUGUUGAAGAAACUCACUACCCCUUCAAAUGGAAAAACUAAACUAGCCAUUCUGUACCAUCUCCCGUCAUUGGCAAUAGAUAAGACGUGCGUUCCACGAGUACUUCAAAUCUAUGAGGCUCUCUCUUCUUCUCCACAACUAAAGCCUGUGAGAAUCAGAUUACUAGCUGAUUUGUGGAAAAUUGAGGAUCGUGUCUAUCCGUUUUUGGAGAAAGUUUUAAGUGCCGAUCAACAAACGGAAGAAUUUCUAAUCGCUAAAGCAACAGCAAUUGAUAUAAUCUGUAUGAACAGGUCUGAUAAGUAUGGAGCUGAACUGUUAUCCGUCAUUUCGGAUUUACUCAACUCCUCCCUUGGCAAAUUGACCGCAAGUAGUGCUACAAUUGCCACGCUGUCCCUUCGCAGUCUGGUGUCGUUGUGUCGUGCCGAAGUAGUUGACCUUAAGUCGGUAUGGGAUCUUCUAGCACCAAAACUAAACCAAGAUCAUCGAGCCUCUGUAGUCUCUGAAAUGUGCAAUUUACUUGGGCUAACAGCUGAGCUCAGGAUUGACAACGAGGAAUAUGAUGAAUUUAUUCAUCAGGCUAUAUCAACAUUAUUUCGAGUAUCCUUAUCGACGAAUGUUACUGAAGUGCAUUCCUUAGCAUUAAGAUCUUUAAGUCGUUUUCAAAAGAAAGAUUUUCAUUUAAAAUGCAUGCCAGAUUCAUGCAAGGACGAUUUAAAAGUACCUCUUAAAUAUUUACCUCCUGGUAAAACCGAAGUCAUUGUUAAGGCUGAAGAUGUACUCGAUUACGUUCCGGGUCUCUGUUGGAUGAAGCUUAUGGAUUACUAUGAUGACAAAAUUCUGUCGUCUGGCUUUCAGUCACUUCUCUCUCAUCUAAUAGAAGAAGAAAUUCAAUCCAUGCCGAUCUGGAUUUAUAAAAAAGCUGCUAAUGAUGCAACGAAGAAAAAUGAGCCAACCAAUUAUUCUUCUUCGUUAAAGGAAGACAGUGUUUUGGCGUCACUAAUCGUCUACAUGCAGAGAAUUUGCGAAAACAACGAAGGAAACCGUUUGCGGAUGUCUAUUGCUUUUAAAGUGCUUUCUGGACCAUUUGAAAGGCCUCUGCCUCCUCUCAACUGGACAUCCUUAUUACCAAUUGCGCAGCAAUAUAACUUAGAACCGGAAUUCAUGGAAAUCAUCUUUAGUCAAGUACCGCACUCAUUUUCUGCACAGACGAUCGCCGAAAAUGCUUUCAACGAUGAGCCUCUAGAGCCUAUAGAUGAGAGAUCAGCUAUUGUUGCUUUGUCAUACUUGGGGCCCAUCUGCAAGGUUCUGCCGCUAAAGUCUGUGCAAAGUUUCCUCUAUCGUUUACUAAAUAGUCAACAAUCAGAAAUUUCGCUAAUCCUAACAAGAUUACACCAGUCGCUGAGCACGGCCGAUCCAUCGAUUCCUCUAGAACUUAAGGAAACAAUUGCCAACAUACUUGUGGGAUUGUUUCCUAUCUUACCCGAUGAUUUUGAAUUCCUUAAAAAAUAUGCCAGCUGUUUCAGUUUGGUCUCUGGUGCUCACCGUCCUCUGUGUGAACCGUCGACUAGUACAGCCAGAAAAUGUAUUGCGACGCUGCUCUUUGCUUCGCGUGAAUCCCAGUCUAAAAGUUCUUUGGACUAUCUUCUAAAAGCAUUACAGCUCACCCUGUAUUUGCCUUGUCUGGAUAAAGAAAUGGUUGAACUGAUUCACCAAUGUAUUGAUACGAACUUCAAAUCAUCGCACAGCUUUCUGCUACAGUUUGUUUCCUAUAUUCAACUUACUGCUAUGAAAAGUCUUGAUGAGAAUCAGAAUUUUUCGAGUUUGAUGGAUACAUUUGCUCUAAUUGUCGGUGCCCUGUCUGAUUCCUUAGUCUUCUACCGAGACCAGGGCAACAAAAAUCGAUCCAGCAGCUUAAGAGAAAGUUAUUGGAAACAUUUUUCACUUGGGAUAAGUUACCUUUUCAGCCAACCGCAAUGGGCCGUGGUUAAGAAAAACAUGCAGGAUUGGAUUUUGGUUAUGAUAGACAACGAACAUGUAGGCAUUGAGCAAAGACGUAAACUUCUUGACGUUCUUCCCUCCACAAUCGGCAUUGAUAAAGAAACGUUUAUUCAAAUUUUAGCAAUUUGAUUUCUGAAUUGGAAAAUACAUAAAAAUUAUUGGCCUA